AUGGAUAGUCUUAGACAAGAGCCCAUCCGAGUGGCCGUGCUAGGAAGAACUGGCACCGGCAAAUCAUCGUUGGUAUCGAAAAUGACAGUUGGAAUUUCACAUGAAGUACAUUAUCCCACAAGAAAACAGAGCAAUUGGCUCUUUGCAUUCCAACCUCACGAAGAUUUGACACGAACUCUCAUGGAUGAACGACCUCAUCGCCGAAGAUUGGCCCAAUGCGGGAAAGCCGAUCGGUCGUUCUUCAAGACACCUCAAGUAACACCGUUGGUUCUGCUUUCACCAGUGGUGUUUCAAGCUUUUCUUAACGAAUGGAAAGAGACGAAGACUCUUGCAAACAGCAAUACGUCCCGAUCGGAUAACCAAUGGACUAAUCCCAAAAACGAGGUUUAUCACUAUGAAGAAAACUCCCGGAAUAACGACGACCACAUCGGCCAAUCGAGGACAUUGUUGACUAAUUCUGAUGCGAAUAUUCUCAAGACUCAGCUGUCGAGUGAAAGUAAUAUUUCACCCUCCUCCGGUGGCUCGUGUCUCCCUCAGGACUACAAUCCACCUUAUUUCGCCGCUUUGCCCAUUGACGUCGUAGACACUCCAGGGUUUAAGCCAGAUAUGUUUGUUCCUUUUCUUGAAGUCUCACUGUUCCGUAACUUGGGCAAUGACGUUUUGAGAGGGCUCGCCAAUGAACCGCGGAAACCCACAUCUACAAACAGUCUUUUGGUCGCAUCUGGCGCCUCAGAGCUCAAUGGGCGCAUUGAUGGCUACAUAUUCGCUUAUAGUGCAGUACCGGAGUUUGGUCGUGGUGCUGGCCCACCUGGUUAUGAAGACAGCAUCCAAAAAGACGACCUUUCGGCACCAUCAGAAGCUUCUCGCAAAUCAUCGUGCUCUUCAAUAUCUCCAGUAUCAAGCACGUCAAGCGCAGUUGAAAAGGAGUGCGAUGGUGGCUUAUCUCUUUUAACCACAAUACGAAACUGCAUGCUCGAUGCGUGGAGUGAGUACCGUGAUUACCAGCGAAGAUGGUCAGAGGGUAAAGAAGGCGACGUCUAUUCUCUGGUGUACAAUUUCAAGCAAAUGUGGAAAUCCCAAAAGCAGAGGAAUGAAAAGCUUCAAUACUUGCGUUCCUUUCAGAAUAAACCGAACGCUCUAGAUUGGGAUCCAACAUCUCCAGAUUCCCCACCGCCCUGCAUCAUUAUAUGCACACAUGUAGACGAUCCACUAGCCAGCCCUGUACUAAUUGAACGCGGUAAAGAAUUGGCCAUGGAAUGGCGAUGCGGAUUCGUGGGUGUGGACACGAUGGACGAUUGUAAUGUUGAGCUAGCCUUUGGAAUGCUUCUUAGAGAGACUGUUGAGAGAAGGAAGAACGAUAAGGCUGCUUCAAAGCAUAGGAACAAGAUGGGAAAGUAG